CCGUGCACUUUGUGAAACGGAGAAUAAUUUUAACGUGGCUCGCGCUCAAAACGUAAGAGGGAGAGGGCGCGAGAGUGUGCGACAGAGAGGCAGUGUAAAUCUUUGCGUGUACGAGAAAUCGAUAACAGCAGCUGAAGUGGCUAAAGAAGGAGAAGAAGAAGCAGAGUAAUCGAAAGCGCGUGUGUGGGUGUCGGCAAAUGGAUUUAUUUUAAUGGAAAAUCCAAAAAGAAAAUGAUCUGGAGGAAAAAUCUUUAAAUAACGACGCAAUUGCUUUGAGACCCCAAAAAAGAGGCUACUACAAGUUAGGAUUGAAAAGUAGGCAGGAAGAUGCACCUGCAAAAUACGCACAAAACGGUGGAACCAAAGGGCUCGCAUUCCGACAUGGAUUCCGCAUCCCCAGCAUCUCGGGAUAUCCGUCAGUUCCAUGAUCUAGUAACAUGCCGACUUUGUCGCGGUUACAUGAUCGAUCCAACCACAGUGGAUUUUUGCUAUCACACAUAUUGUCGCAGUUGCAUACUGAAACAUCUGCUGAGGUCAGUUUACUGUCCGGAUUGCAAGGCCAGUGGCGGCAAGGAGAUCAGCGAACUCAAUCUUAAAUCGGAUGAUACUUUGCGAUCGCUGAUCUAUAAGCUAGUUCCGAAUCUCUAUCGAAGGGAGUGCAAGGAAUUGGCGGAUUUCGAGGAGCAACAUGAGGAUUUGGUGGAUGAAAAAACGUCUCACGAACAGGAGUUCUUCACCACCACGGAACUUGUGAGCUUAUCCCUGGAAUACCAUCCCGCCAUGCUGCAUCAGUGUGGUGCGGGCGAGGUACCACCCACCAUUUACCUGCAAUGUGCCGCUGGGUUGCGGGUGGAGCUGCUAAAACGCUUUUUGUGCACCAAGUACAACAUUGAGGCGGAGAACAAGCUGGUCGAAGUGGAGGUCACCUAUGAGGACGAGGUGCUGCCCUCCAAUUUCACAUUGAUGGAUGUUGGCUACUGUUACAAAUGGAGUCGGCAAUCGCCCAUGGCCUUCUGCUACCGGAUUCUGCUCUACGAGAGCGAACGGGCAAAAAACGAUGAGAACAACCUAUCCAGGAUUAACCAGGACAUUGAACCGGAGCACCCGAUGCGUCGCCCCAAGUCGGCCAAAUCGGUGACCUUUGCCGAGGACCUGGAAUCGGAAAUGGAUUCUGGUUCUGCGCGUUCCAAGGCGCGAAGUAAGACCUCGCCGAAGGUUUCACCCUCCUCGAAGAAUAAGCGUGUGACCACAAGUAAACGGGAACCGGAACCAGAGAGUCCUGUUAGCACCUUCAAGAGCCUUCGCAGCAAUGAUAUGCGCUACAGCGAUUACGCCGUAUCCAAAGUUAAAAGUGAACCGGAGCUGGAGCAGGAUCUGCCGCCAAGGGAACUGGAACAGCAACCACUGGUGGCCAACACGAAUAUAGUGGUCAGCAUUCCUCCUUCGCAGUUGGGAAAAUCCUACAGCGAUGCGGAGAAUUUCGAGUUGAAGACAGCAAAUCGAAAGGGAGUGGGCCAUUUGCCCAAGCUAAAGAUCGAACUGAAUAGCAUGAAGAGCAAGCUGAGUAUGCCUCUGUCGGCUGGACCGCGAUUGGAGGAUACCUCCUCAUCAUCAGCCCAACAACUCGAUCUGGAGACUUAUGCCAAGAACAUUGGCCUGAAGCCGAUUGAGCAGCCUUUAGUUCAAAGUGUUUCAACUCCCGAUAGCAAAUUCAGUCCCAAUGCCUCUCCCAUGUCCUCGUGCUCCAGUUCGACCAAUGGUUCCAGCUGUAGUUUGGGCACUGCCGAUGCCAGUACCUCGACGACCACGUCCAGUUCGCAUCGCAAGCGCAAGAAGAAGCACUCCAAGGAGCCAAAGGAUGCGAAUGGUAAGCGCAAGAAGUUGCACGCGGAGAUCUCCUCGCAAACGGAUGGCAAGAUGAAGGUGAAGAUCACGGCCAAGCCGAAUCACAAGUUCGAUUUGAAGAGGUCUCAUUCGCUGGCCAGUGGUGAGUUGGCUUUGCAGCAGCUGAAAUUGGAUAGUACCAGCACUUCGGAGGCACUUAAUCGCACGUUGGGGGAGGAGGCAAGAAGUAUCAGCAGUUUGGUGGCAGGUGGAGCACCCACGCCCCCGCCCACGCCCACAACGGAACCGGCGGAGCAGCAGCAACAGCAACAACAACUACAAAAGAUGGUGAUGGCGAGAAGUAAGGACUUAAUCCUGCCCACAUCGCCACCUUUACCGCCCAGUUUGUUCAAGGCCUAUACACCCAGCACAACGCCUUCUCCUCCAGCCACUGUGGCGGGAAAACCCAAGCAACAGCAACAGCAACAGCAACAGCAACAGCAGCAGCAGCAGCAGCAGCAACAGCAACAGCAACAGCAACAGCAACAGCAACAGCAACAGCAACAGCAACAGCAACAGCAACAGCAACAGCAACAGCAACAGCAACAGCAACAGCAGCAGCAGCAGCAACAGCAGCAGCAGCAGCAACAGCAGCAGCAGCAACAACAGCAGCAACAACAGCAGCAACAACAGCAGCAGCAGCAUCAACAAACCCCUCAGCAACAUCAACCUGUGGCACAGCAAACCCUAGCUAAAACCAACCCCGCCAAACCACCACUGAGCAGCAACAUGCAACGCAAGCCAUCGGUGGCCGGUGGACACUUUGUGGUGCCACAAGCACCCACCAACCGGAAUAUGUACCAUAUGCAACGCUACCUGUCCACACCCAGUUCCAUUGCCAGUUCGGCCAACAAGCAGCCCAAGCGAUCGCUCUCCGUGGACGAAUCGUAUCCGGCCAAGCAGGCGAGACUGAAUCAGGCCCAGGCGAUGGCCAGCUAUGCGGCCAAGUUUCAGAUGCAGAACAAUAAUCAGGCCAAAUCGCAGGCGGCCGCUUUUUUACCCAAUCCCCAGAUGAGAUCAUAUGGCCCAGAAAUGGUCAAUAAGCCAGCGCCACCACUUUUUUGUCCCCCCAACUUGAGUUUAUCCCUGCCGAGUACGGCUCAAGUGACGAUUACGCCGGCGGCGGCUUAUACCUUUCCAGAGGCCAACAGCCAUGUGCCAGCGUUGGAAAUAGUGCGAUUGUCUUCGAAUAAACAGGGAGGAGGAGGUGGGAAAAACCUAACAAUGCCACCUCUCAGCCCGCCGGCAAGUUCGGGUGGCCGCCUGAUGGGACCACCAGCGGCUUUGCCCAAGCAACAAGGACACAGUGCGGCCAAGAGGAGCAGCCAGUCGCCGCCAAUGCCCCUGCCGAUGACCACGAUUCCAACGAUUGUCAAGUCGCCGCCGCUGUCAGUUGCUCUUAGUGGGCAAAGGAGCAGCAAAUGCCACUCCACAACCAACUCCAAUGCUUAUCGCACAUCGCCGCCUGCAUUAAUAAAUCUGCGCAACAACACGGCCGCUCCACACUCGUUUCCAUCAAAGUCGAGCCCAAAGGUAGAAGCCAAUUCAAAGAAAUCCCCGCCAGCUGGCUGCCAAAGCAAAGCCAAUGGCACUGCCGCAUUAUUGGACAAGUCGAAAACGAGUUUGCGCGAGUUUCGGCCGGCAGUAACAACAACAACAACGGCAGGAGCAGCAGCGGGAACAACGGGAGCAACCUCGGCAUUAGCCAAGGAUGCCGACAUACUUGAUUUAUCAGCUAACCCGGGAAGGAAUAGCAACAGCAGCAGCAACAGUACCGCCAAAUUGGCGCCCACAUCACCGCCCGCGGGCAACAACAUUUCGAGCAACAACAGCCUGGAGGCAGCCUUAAACAAAAUCAAACAGAAUAUAUCCGCCAACAGCAAUGGUGGACCGACGACCACAGCGGUCAACUCGAAUGGGAACAGCAGCAGCAGCAGCAACGGCGAUGAUCUACAGAAUUUGCAAAUGCUCUCGGACUCGGCAACGUCCAGGGAGAAGAUCUCCAUAAAGACGGCCAGCAGCAGUGCUAGUACUGCCACCACCACUAAGCCCAAGAAUGCCAAUGCGUUGGUGAGACCACAGAAUGCUUCUGUACGGAGCAUACCCAAUCCCUCGGCUCUGGCCUUUCGCAAUCAGCCGGCAGCAGCGGUGGCAGCCACUACAGCAGCUGCCAUCACUAAACCACUGACUGUGCGAGCCGAGGAAAAGUCCAAGAUGUCCACGGGUAAUCCGGGAUUACUUAGCCCCACCAACAGCAGCAGCAGCAGUAGCAGUAAUAGCAACUCUGGAUGCAGUGCAGCCACAUCGCCGCGGGCAAUGACCAAGAAACCCACGACCAUUGAUCAAGUGGCAGCCCAUUUGAAUAUUCGAGCCGAGGCCAAAGCCGCUGCCCUCGCCGAAGAGGCGCCACCCGUACUCAGUUGCAAUGCGGCCAAAUCGCCGGAAUUGGCCAAAACCACGACAAGGACGGAGCCCAAGGAGACGGCCAUUACCGUUUCGGCGGCCAGCACCCUGCUGCCCAUGCCUUCCGGCGUUUCUGGUGUGUCCGGCGUACCCGAAUCGCUGGCCAAGCCGCCCGUGCAGAUUGCCAAUGCUCCGGUGGCGAGUUCCGCUUAGUCACAAGCGUUUCUUUGGCUGUGCGGAACGCAAAUGUAUCUUGUGGCGCCACUGGAGAAUCUACAGAAUACCGACAACAUCUGAGGUGAUGAAAAAGAAACAAAACAACAGCAACAACAACAACAACAAAAGAAACACAGCAACACCUGCAGCACAAGUUUUACUAACCUCGCUCCCGAAGAAAAAAGUGCAAUUUAAUUAAUCAGUAGAACGAUCGUAAGCCUUAGAACUAACCCGAAAUACACUCAACGCUAAGCAAUAUCUACACAUGCCAACAGAAUGUAUCUGUUGGAUAGGGAAACCGCAUCAUUUGCAUAUACGCAAACAUUUGCAAUCGAAUUAGUACGCGACUAAAUAAAUAAUCCAAGCAAAUUUCAAAAAUGCCAUCAACAAAAUUCAUUAAUAAAUAUUCCAAGAGAGACCGAGACAGAGAGAGAAAGAGGAGCGGAGAGGAGAGGAGGAGAAUAAUAAUCAAAAGCGCUGGCGUUCGCUGGCAUUUUCGAAAGCAGGCGAUGGCAACAACAAAAUUAAUUAUAAAAUAUCAACAGCAAAUAUGUGUUAAACCGAGAUAAGGUCACACACAAACACAUGCCUUUAAUAGAUAGAUCUUCGGUUGGCUUUUUGCUUUUUGGGGAAAGUCCAAACGAAACCAAACAAGAAAAAAUUAAAUAGCAAAUUAUUUUAAAAUGGGCGAUAGUAAAACUCUUUUUGAAAACAAAAUAUAAAAAAACCAACGAAAAAAAACCACAAACUGAUAGGAAAACGAAAAUCGCAUCAGGAAUAUUUGAUUACACAGUGAGUGCCGAAAGUGUUUGGCCCACACCCUUCGGAAAAACUGCCACGAAGUGUGAAAAUUCGGUGGUGGUGGUGGCUAGAUUGUUCAGAACGGAACACACUCGCACAUAGCGAAAGAUACAGCCCGAUACCCGAUACACACUCACGUUCUUCAUCGGGGCGAUAAAAUUUUAACGAUUUUGCGCCGCUUUGAGCGAGCGUGUCAGGCAUAAAGAUACAAAACAAUACUUGGGCAUAUAAACAAAAGCAAACAAAAACGGAAUAAUGAAAAUAACAAACUCGCACUGGCACACAUGCGUAUAUUUAUAUACAUAUACCCAAAUAUACAUAUAUCUUGUAGAUACUUUUUCGUAUUAGUUGUUUAAGCAAGUUACGUUUAAUUGCAGCACGAACUUUGUACAUAAAUUUAAAAAUCGAAGCCAGGCAAAAAACAAAAAAAAAAACGAAAAACAAACAACCCAGCACCCUGCACUUGGAAAUGAAUUUUAAUUUUUAGAGCUUCGACCAAAUGAAAUACUAUAUAUACACACAAACACGCAUUAUACAGAUAUCGCGAUAUACUCCUUCUUAUAUUUACGAUUUUCGUACACUCGAAAAAGGCUUUAGGUUUUCGUAUUUUUAUUCUCUUCUUGCUCUUAGCUGAUAUUUUUUGUUUUGUUAUUUAUACAUAUAUUGUCUGUACAUAUUUUAAGCGAAGAAAGAAUUAUAAAGUUUAUGAGGGAGGAAGGGAAACACUAAAUUGUAUGAGUUUCAUAGAGGAAUAGCUGGAUUGUAGAAUGGUGGUAGAGCCACCCCCUGAUUUAUCCGUAUCUUUUUGCAACCCCCUGUUAGUUCACAACAUCCCUCGUGAUCGGCGAGAAAUUAACAUAAUUUCCAGGCAAUCAAACAAAUUGAAAGGCCUCGGAUCGACCUCCAGCUAUUCCAAACACUUUGGCUCGACUCCUGAUUGUUGUAUAUUUAUUUAUUCCUAUUAUUGAGAUAUAUACAAAAAUAUAUAUAAAUAUAUCUAGUUGUAUAUGUGAAGGCUUUGAUCGGAACGCUCGACUUAUUUAAGCGGAUAUUGUACUGUUCGGACACCUUAACUAAAUAAACCUAUGAAUACUUAAAUAUAAAGCAUAUAUGUUUAGAAAUCUGAUUGUAUGCACCGUCUGUAUGUAAUAUUGUUAGAAAACCCUCGAAAUGUAAUCCAAAACAAACACAAACACACACAGACACACACACACACCCCUCACACACUAAGUUAAAUUAGCUGAUUUUUGAAAACAAUAAAAACAUGAAAAUGGAACACAGUGUAUAACAAAUA